AUGGCUGCGGAGAUAACUGUUCUAACUUUUAACCUCUGGGGUAUCUUUAACUCCAAGCACCGUCCUGAACGCAUGGCACACUUCGCCAGCAAAGUAGAGGAUUAUGAUAUCAUUUUACUUCAGGAGCAGUUCUCAGAGUCUGACUUCGAUAUCAUUAUCCAAAAUAUGCCAGAGGAGGUUCGACGCACGCGUUACUUCAAACGGUACCCGACUGCAUUUUACGGCUCAGGUAUUGCGGUCAUAUCGCGGUUUCCUGUCAAGUCCGGUGUGUUCUUCACUUUUCCGCUUCAGGGAUUUCCGGAGCAAGUGCUGCAUGGCGACUACUACGCAAAUAAGGGAGCAGCGAUGCUCUGUGUCAGUGUCCCGUGUAACAAUGACGUGGAGGUGAGUGGUGGCAGUGUGAUGCACCGUGAUGUACUGGUGUACAGUACACAUCUUGUAGCCGUGUAUCAGGUGCCCUCUCAACUGCGUGACUGGCGCGAUGAAGUAUACCUCGCCGUUCGGUUGAGCCAGGCGAUUUCGUUUGCCAACUUCAUCAUAGCAACAUCAAAUCCCACUGAUCAUAUCAUCAUUGGUGGAGACUUUAACUCGGAACUCACUUCAAUGGAGAUACGUACCAUGCUGAUAUUGCUCCGGGGGCACGGCUACUGCCUCCGCUCCGUACUUCCAGUUGCAAAAAGACCAGAAGAAGGCAUGAGCAAGCAUGAAUGUAUUGAAAAUCUUGCGCGAAUGACUUUUUCCCACGAAAAUAAGUUCACAUGUACAGACGGGAAAAUAAUUACUCACGGUGCUUAUUCGCCUGUGCAAAUCGAUCAUAUAUUCAUAUCGUUCAACACGUUACAGCUAUGCUCUUACGAGGAUUGUCCAGGUGCCGAUGCCAAGUAUCCCUUUAAGCAGAUUAUGGAUGGACAGGAGUUACCCGCUGGUGUGGUAGUCUUCAGACGAAACGACGAGGUGUUCUUGGGUUCACAAUCGAGACCUGGGUCAUCGCCAAGGGGUACAGCUGGCGUGAGGCCCGUACCUUCAGGAGAGCAGGAGGCGAAGGAAAUGAGUUGCCCACUUUCAGACCACUACGGUGUCGCAGCUCGGCUGAGGUUGCUUACGGAGGAGGAGAAAAAUGGGGGUUCUGGUAAGGUCUCUUCCAGAGCAACGGCCUCCAAAUUGACAGAAGAGGAUGAGGCGUCUCUAUGUGAAGCUGUCAGCUUCCUCGAGCACUCUGUAAAGCGCCUGAAGAGGGAAAGCCGCAAGUAUAUCAUGUUGAGCAUUGUUUUUGCAGUUAUUAUGAUGUUAUGUAUUAUUUAUAUGGUUGCCCGCCCCUAUUUGCAGAUGCACCCAACGCGAUCAACGCUAAAGAACAUCAUAUCGUUGUGCCAUCACAAUGAGCAUCCCAACCUGAAGGGAAUAGGUGAUACUUCACAACAGAGGGGGGGAACUGUACGCCGAAUUGAACAAUUUUUGAAAGACACAUUUUCGUUGAAUCUGGAAGGUUCGAGAGGUAAGACCCAGGCGGUUGAGUUACGUGAACAAGACUACGAAGCAGUCGCUUCAGUGCUUCAUGGUGCUGGUCUUCACAACAUCUUCUUUCCUCUUGUUGCUGUUGUUGCUUCUAUAAUGAGCUUCUGCUGCCUCGUCAUCGCACUUCUAAACAGAAAAAGCUACGCCAAAAUUAUUUCUGAUCAGAUAACUGAGCUUGGAAAUAGCUUUCUGCGGCAUGAAAUGCAUAAAGGUAAUGGUUGUAAAUGA